UUUUGCAAAAAGUCCGCGGAUUGGAACAACUGUUGCGAACACAUCGGCGCUAAUAAAAUUAUUGAUUUUCCUCCUCGCGGCGAAAAUCAUUUGAAUACAGCACUGGCAUGCGCUGAUGCUGCGAACUCCACAACAUCCCGAAGUCUACAGCCGCCAAGAUGGAGACCAUGAAAAUUUAAUUUUCCCGACGAAUCCAUUAUUAAAAUGCUCAAACGGAUCGCGAAAAACCGCAAAUGAAUUUGGAGUCACUGUAAGGCGAUUAGAAGUGAAGUGCGGUGUUAAAUUAGUGUUAAACUCGAAUUACCUAUUGAUUUUUUCCCAUCUUGGCGGUGUAGCUAUGAAUCGUUUGGGGCAGAUUAAAAUGCCGUCGGUGUCCGCUGCAAUGAACGUGGCCAGCCAAAUCAAGAGGCAAAUAAUCCCGGCGCGUAAUCCAGAGGAAGCAGGCCGGGAACGGGUGCACUUCGCACAGCUCAACAGCCAGAAUCACGCGGGCCAUGGCGGCACGGACGAGCAUCACGAGAUGAGCAACAUGAGGCAGUCCACGAACCCGUUUUUGAGCAUGGAUCAGCACCAGGGCAGCGUGCAGAUGGAGGACAGCAGUUUUAACGAAGGCGGAGGGUAUCAGACUCAGACGGCAACAGGGCCGAGUCGUAUGUCAUCUGUUGAUUUUUCUGAGGGGUCUGAUUUCGUCGAAGGCAAAAGCGAGGUUCCGAUUAACGAGUAUCAGGCCGCGUGGAAUGUUACCAACGCUAUUCAGGGUAUGUUCAUAGUGUCCCUACCUUUUGCCGUUUUGAGAGGAGGCUACUGGGCCAUCGCUGCAAUGGUAGGCAUAGCCUAUAUCUGCUGUUACACGGGUAAAAUCCUUGUGGAAUGCCUUUACGAGUUGGACGUGCAAACUGGCAAACAAGUCAGAGUAAGAGAUUCUUAUGUGGCCAUCGCGAAAGAAUGUUUCGGCAAAAAGUACGGAGCUAGAAUCGUCAAUGUGGCUCAGAUAAUCGAGCUGCUGAUGACUUGCAUCUUGUACGUCGUGGUUUGCGGCGACUUGAUGAUUGGUACGUUUCCUGAGGGGUCUAUUGACACUAGAUCGUGGAUGAUGCUGACUGGGAUUUUGUUGCUUCCACUGGCCUUCUUAAAAUCUCUAAAAAGCGUCAGCAUCCUAUCGUUCUGGUGCACAAUGUCCCACAUCUUCAUAAACGCCAUCAUAAUCGGAUACUGCCUGCUGUACAUCGGCGAUUGGGGUUGGGGCAAGGUAAAAUGGACGUUCGACACGGAAAAUUUCCCCAUCAGUCUCGGAGUCAUCGUGUUCUCAUACACCUCGCAGAUAUUCUUGCCGACUCUCGAGGGCAACAUGGAGGACCCCUCAAAGUUCCAAUGGAUGCUGGACUGGUCUCACGUUUGGGCGGCCGUUUUUAAAGCCCUAUUCGGUUGGAUAUGUUUUUUGACAUACCAAAACGAUACCCAGCAGGUUAUUACCAAUAAUCUACCCUCUGAAGGUUUCAAGGGGCUGGUUAACGUUUGUUUGGUUGUGAAAGCCUUGUUGAGUUACCCGUUGCCGUUCUAUGCGGCAUGCGAGCUUUUGGAGAGAGCCUUCUUCCGAGGUAAGCCUAAAACACCUUUUCCGACUAUAUGGGCGCUUGACGGGGAGCUAAAAGUAUGGGGGUUGGCUUGGAGGGUGGGUGUGGUUUUAUUCACCAUCCUCAUGGCUUGCUUCAUCCCCCAUUUCUCCAUACUUAUGGGAUUCAUUGGUAGCUUCACUGGAACUGCCUUGAGUUUCAUAUGGCCUUGCUAUUUCCAUUUAAAACUAAAACGAGAGACCAUGGAUAUGCGUGGGGUGGUUUUUGACUAUUUUAUUAUAUCCCUGGGAUUCCUGUUUGGAAUAAACGGGGUUUACCAUUCAGGUAGCGCAUUAGUUAAAGCUUUUGCCAUUGGUCUUCCAUUUUAAAAACCCGAAAUCAAGACAAUAAACCCUAAGUAUAAGUAUUGAUUGUUUACAAGUUAAUAGACAAUAUUUUUAAAGAAAAUUGUCUGUAUUUUGUGCAAAAUUCGUAUAC